CAUUUAGAAAAAGCUCUCGCGAGAAGGGUACGCAUGUGGUGGUGCGUGUUUAGUAGUGUGUCGUAGGGGAGUUAUGUGAGGGGAGUGAUGUCCUCCAGUACAGCUGCGAACCGCAUGAACUUGGCUGCCUUGCAGAGAGUCGAUUCUGCGGUCACCGAGAUCGUCGACAACGCGAGCCAAGUAGCCCUGUACAAGUUUGCCUCGGCGACAAACGGCUGGGAAAAAACAGAAAUUGAAGGAGCUUUAUUCGUCUUUGCAUGGUCAAAGACGCCCAGCCAUGGCUUCAUUGUUAUGAACCGUCUGAGCACGACCAAUCGUCUGGAACUGAUCACUGAAGAGGUUGAGUUCCAAACUCAGUCGCCGUUCCUUCUCUACAAAAGUGGCUCUGGAAUCAACUGCAUCUGGUUCUACAACACGAACGAGUGUGAAAGGGUUGGAAAGCUUUGUCAGAGCCUAGCAAAGGCCAGCAAGAUGUCGUCCAAGUCAAAGAACCGCCAGCGCUGUGCCUCCGAGAGUGACAGCCUGCACCAUCUUCAACUGGCCACUCCAGCUGUUUCACAGGAUGGUGCCCCUAAGGACAUUGUGGCCCUCCUGUCUAAGGCAAAGGACCAGUACAACAUGAAGAAAGCCGAGGCCUCCUCCAAUGGCCAAAAGCAGCACCGAAAUGGGACUCGGGGCCGAGGAAGCCGAACCUUUGUCUCAUCAGCAAUGGUGAACAGUGCACAUUCAGAGGUGACCAGCAACGGCCACCACGCCAGUGUGCCAUCCCCUCCAAAUGUGCUGCACAAGCCCACACCGUUGAGGACAAUCACUAAUGGCGUCGUUGCCACAGCAACUGCUGAGGCACCAUCAACGCCCCUCAGCGUGGAGUCUCUUUUUGCUGCUGUUGGUCAGAAGAAGCCUGAGGUGUCGAGUGGGAGUGAAGAUGCAAAGGAAGCCCUGCUAAGAGCAUUGCUUUCCAAUCCCGACAAUCGGCUGGAGCACGUGGAGCGGAUUCAGCGCAAGGAAGCUGAUGCAAGUGGUGACGUGUUGUGUGAGCAGCCGCGCCUGCGCGCGGCCUCCUGCCAGGCCAACAUCUUGGCUUGGGAGGUGAGCGACGACCUGCGACAGAAGCUCAACCUGUGCUCUUCCUCAUCCUCUGCCGAGAACAGUGUGCUGCCUCCGGUGGUAACGCCAGCCAUGUUAGAGGUGGGCCUUGGCAGUGCCGAGCGCCACUCCUCGCCAACGACUGUUGCACUCAGGGACCCGCUUCCUGGCAGAGAACCGUGCAAAGCUCCAGCUGCGUCGGAUCUGCCUCUGCUCUCACCCAUGGCUUUCACGAAACCAGUUGGCCAACCUGCUGCAAUGCCUUUCCCCUCAUUUGGCUCUGCAUUGUUUGGAACCCCUGGCGUGUACAUGAAUGGUGAUAUGGUGGCCAACAAUCGGGAGUCUGUGAGUGCCCUGACCAAGGACCAACUAAAGGAUGCACUGGUCCACAUGUUACAGACGGACGAUAGUUUCUUAGUGAAGCUGCACGAGGCAUAUGUGGGGAGUCUCAAAAGCCGCUUCAACCUCGACACUCGGACUGGCAACGGCUCAUCCACGGGAAGCCUCUUGUGAGAGCGACUCCCACAGGGUUGUGCUUAAGCAGCUCCUGUGUUCUAAGGAAAGUCUGCAGCGGCACAGCACAACUCCUGGGUUGGCCGCCACAUCAUCAGGAGGAGCCACACUCUGCCACUGUGAGCUGUGUUUGGAGAUGCCCUAGGGACAAAAUGUCAGGCACAUGCUCCAACCGCACAGUGUUGGAUGCGCUCAAGGAGGCAGUGGACGCUGGCUAUAUCUCGUCGUAAUAUUGUGAGCCCACACUGGCCUGUCCGUUUGGCAGAAGACGAGAGCUGCGCCUUUAGGUGGCACAAAGCUUCUGCCACUAGUGACACGUGGCGAGUGUAGCUAUACAGAGUUGUUUAGCAUUGUGAUCGACUUUGGGUCGGGAGCUUAAAUUGUAAAUUGUCAUGUCUUUGUGGCCCUUGUGCCUUUUUUGCAACUCUGUUGGGGCUCCUUGCUGCGUUGCUGGUACGUCAUGUGGCUGAGACUUGGCACAAGCACAUCCUUGGCACGCCUACAGUAAUGUCUGUGUCCACAAACAGGCUUCAACUCUACACACCACCUCAACUAAUAAUGAAGAAAAGGGUAGUGACAUCGCUUAUCAGCUGCCACAGUUACUGUGCUUGGAUUACACGUCUCGGUGAUUCUUGGGCUGUAAUUUCAUAAUGAGGCACCUUGAACACCUGCUCAAAGACUGGUGUAGAGGGGUAGCUUUCAAGCAGCUCAUCAUCACAGGAAUCUCUGAGAAGCGUUACUCAAAACGCAGUGUCUACUUUUGUCAAAGGAUGGAGUUAAGGCCAGUUUGUGAAUACAGAGUUAAGCAUCAGUCACACCUGGUCUUGUCAAACUUGCAGUAGUGUGGUUUGCUGUCAGCUCUCUUAGCAGGUAUUUUUUUACAAAGAUUGAUUGGUUGUCUUCAUUUGAAAAGUGGUGGUGGAUUGGUAGCAAGCCACUCGCGUGACUUUGCCACGGCUUCCAGCUUGCUGCAUCAGUGAGAAUUGCCACUAUGGCAGGCAGUUUUUAAAGCAGAUCUGUGCAGAAUAUAAUUUUAUGCUUUGAUGUACUGGCAAUAUUCACUGAAGCAGCAAGCUUUGGUGUGUCAGCGCAGUUAUUUUAUGUAUGAAAAGCGUUCCUAAGGCACUGCAUUGAGAUUGGUAAUUGCCAGCGACAGAUUUUUUACCGUCACAAACAUACUUAUUGUGUGCAAGUUUCAGCUUGCACAUGUCACGCUAAAUUUACCUCGACAAUUGCUUAUAUGAGAACAGAAAGUUCCUUUGUCUGGCAUGACAUUUAUGUAAAAUAAGAAUUAGUCUGAUUUGACCAGGCCACUGCAUGACUUCAGCAGGCACCUCGAACAGAGCUGCAAAUCAAGGAGCAUCUCCUUUCUUUGAUUAAGCACAUUGCUGUCAUCAAGCUGUAGCGUGUGAAACAUACUAGAGCUUAGAUUUUCCCACCUCUGCAGCGUAUCGCUGGUUGGUUAUUGACGUAAGGUGGCUCAGAGCAAACUUGUCUGGUGCUGCAGAGCAGAGGAGUUUUAUGCUUUCUUUAAUUUUUACUGCGCUCAUCUUCUUUGGAAGCUAUGCAGCCAUGUACUCCAAUUGGAGUAAAUAGAGGCGGCAGGUUGGUAGCAGUGAUACUGCAUAUACCUGCAUGUUGAGUUUCUUCGCAGGCUGGCACAUUCACCUUUUCUUACAUGCACACAUAUGGCACCAAAGUAGGGUUUCACCAGGGAUUCUGUCAUACAGCUAUUCAAAUAGGAGGGGCAGUUCCAUACAUUUGACUGUUUUCACACUGAUCUUCGAAGCAUUGUUAAGGGCCACUUUUCUUUGGGGAAAAUAAAAUUUGACAAGCUCACUGAUGCCUCAGAGCUAGAACAAGAGAACACUGCAGUGGUAUCGUGAGAGGCUGUGGCAAGCAUGUAGAAAAGUGCUGGUUUCAAUUACAACUUCAUGAACAAAAUGGUGAAUGAGGCAAGUUAAAGUUUAUCAACAUUCUAAGCAGUGUAAAAUGAAACAAUAAUGAAUACAGGAAAGAAGAUGACAGUUGCACAAAUGUCACCGUUUUUCCGGCCCUGGUUCUUGGUAUGUUUGUGCUGCUUUCAGAGCACUCCGUUGUAGACAUUUAGCUGCAGUCAAAUCCCAUGAUCUUGGAUGCUGGGAUUAAAUCAGGGUAAGCAUGUCUUGCAAUGUGCAAGUGAACAUGGGGAAGUGAGUGAUGCAGGCAGCUUGACACUUGAGUCAGUGCUAUUCAUUUGGCUCUACAAAUGCCAGAGAAAUAGAAAGCCACUGCAGCAAAGGCCAGAAAUUACAUGAUGUAUAACUCUAGAACUUGGCCAACGUUUGUCUGAAAGCCUGACUUCAACCAACUAAAGUGUCAUCCAUGCGCAUAGUUUUUCAUUCUGCUUUUAAGUUAAAAGCUUCAGGCCAUCUUCAAAGAUGAGCUACCUCUAAUUUGAAAACCCCGAAGGGGCAAUGCAUGGAACCGCCUGCUUCGUUACAGCACGCUGUGUCUCUUGGGUCUCAACCCCAUGAACAAAAGGACGGGUUUCUUUUUUACCUGAACAUCUGGCCAUGCUGGAGUCCUAGCUUUCUUUAGAAAGCGCUAUACUUUUUGCAACCUAGCUUACAGUAUAAAUAGGGCCCAUGAUCUUAUCUUUGACCUUGCCAUUGGCUGCUGUUGUUUAGUUUUAAUUCAUUUUUGAGGUUGUUUUUACCCAUACUGAAACGUUGGCCUGCUUUCUUAACAUGCUAGUUGAUAAAACAAGUUUCAGGAUCUUAACUUCAACCUCUGCCCUGCAGCCCCAGGCAUGUCCCUUCGUGGCUCGUAGUCUUCUUUGCACUUGUACGGGCCCAUAUCAUACUUGCCAUUUUUUUUUUUUUUUCAUCUGCUUGAUUGAAAAAUGGUUCUCUUGUCACUUUUAUCUUGUCAUUGUGUCACAUUCAUGUUGCAAAAGUGUUUUUUCUUUUUCCCCCCCCUUUUUUUUUUCUAAAUCAUCGGCUAGCUCCUGUCUCAGUUUGUCAAAAGGGGAACCGCGGUAACCGUUAGAGCACGAGAGUUGUUCUUUGGAGCCGCAGUGUGUGUGUGUUUAUGCCUUGUGUAAAAUAGUGUUUAGUGUAUCUCAUGCAUACCUCCUCUGUCUCGAACCAUGAUUAUAGAUUACUCUCUGUGUUUGAAAUGGAGGCAGUGUGAGCACAAGGUUCUCAUAUGAGCAACCCAGAGAAAAUGAAGCGUGUAAAAUGAUGCAAGAUGUUGAAACGAAGAUGGCAGAUCAUUCUUCUAGUGUGCUUUUUGGUAUCUUUUUUUUUAGCACUUACUAGAAGAUCUUUCUCAUAGUGUGAGACAGAGAAAGAGUUUCAUUUUGGAAUUCUGCACUGUUACUUUUGACAGCUUGUCACGAAGCUCAAUGGAAAGCUCAGGUCUGUAGGCCAUGAGCAUGAUGUUCUACGACACCGUUUUUGACCGUCCCCUCUCACAUAGCUCUUACAGGCACAGGUAGUAUGAGGAAGCUUGGUUGUUUGAAACAUUGGCUUUCAGGAAAGUGGUCCACAACUUUGGAAAUUGCCUUCCUGAGUGGUCCUGUUGGCCUAGCAUUUUUAUGCUAGGCCAACGUGGUAGGUGCACAGUGGUCCUGACAAAUCAUCAGCUUGAUCAAGCCACUCACUGUUGUUCAUAAUUGUGCACAGUACUUUUGACACUUUGUGGACAACGUUUAGGCAUUGAAGGGCUUCUCUGCUCAGAAAACUGUUCAGCAGUGAUUGCAUAAAGGAGCUGAAUGUGACAAGUAGCAGUUAUUGAAAGUUGAUGUUUGUGAUGCUAAGCUCCUUCCUUUUUCUUUGGAACCUCAAGUGAAAAUUAUGUGGUCUAACAGGGUUUCGUGAAUAGGUGAUUUGUACAUUUUUAUGCAGUUAUCUUUGAGAAAGGCUGGUAGACGUAAGGCAAGGAGCCCACUUUGAUCCUCUCUUUUUUGCAAAGUAGGCCAGUGCAUUUGAAGCUCGGUGCACUCCUGCCAUCAAUUUUGGGGGCGAUGCACCUUGCAGGGCUUGCAGGGCUUUUUUUCUUUUUUCCUGGCAUUUUUGUUUUGAACUGUUAUCAGCACUGUUAGCUAACGCUGCUGAGAUGGAGAGACACCCUGGCAGGCUUCCCAAAGCUAGUCUGGGCUCAUUAAAGCCACCUUAUUAAUGCAGUAAUGAAUAGGUAAGAACAAGAGCUGCAGUGCAAGCAAAGUAAAAUGGUGCUACCUGCAUGUUUGUGUAUGGCUGCAGCUUGUGUUUCGUUUCUUCUGCCUUUAAACUUUUACAGUAUGCAGUCUGGUUACACGUAGGCGAGCAAGAAUAGGGGAAGUGUUGGGGUGAUCUGGAUGUCUUGCCUCAUAAUGGUAUUUAUGUAACUCGCUUCUUUUCUUUUUUUUCGUGGUGGUCAGAUACCACCUGUAUGCACUCACUCCUGUGUGUGAAACCAGUGCUGGUUGAUGUCGCAUGUGAAGCAACAUGGGCCUUUGUACGCAGCUUAAUUAAUGUACAGUGUAUAUAGUAUGAUGUCUGCGUGUAUGUGCAUGCAUGUUCGCUGCAUCCAGUAGAUGCUGGAUCUCUCACAAGCAGCAAACUGAGACAGCAGUGCAAGUGGUCUUUGUUUUUUGGCUCUGCUCUUGUUACAGGCUUUGCUGUUUUUUGCGAUAAUGGACUUGCAACUUCAUAGCAGCCCUUCAGCAUUUCUCAUAGCAUUGACCCAUGCUUCUUAAUUAAACAUGCACCCUCUAAGAUGUAAGUUUCCCCAACUCUUUAGAAUUUUACACAGUUUAAGGUGUAAAUUCAUUACGGCAAUGAUCAUCAUCACUCUUUCAUCCAUUUUUUUUUGAUGCUGCAUGUCUUGUGCUUUGCUGCUAGUAACGCAUAAUCAUCUAAGCACUAUGUAGUGUUCCUGAUAAGAGAUUAGAUUAGCACAGGAUUAUUGAUUAAGGUAAUGUUGUGUGUCAAAAUGAAACCCUAAAGCUUUACACAUUCUUUUGUGAUAUAAAAUGUGUAUAGAGUGUAAAGGGAGAGAGUAAACAGUAAUAAUCGGCAUUCAUUAUACUUUUCUAUAGUGCUAUUCACCCAAUAAUUUUCUGCGGUAGGUGUUGUGAGACUCGGAAACAUUCCAGUCAAGUAAGUACCAGGCAGAAAGCAUCAAAAAGAUAAAAUGUACAUAAAAGGGAUGAUGAUCAUCAUUCUGUAGGAAAGUUACAUCCUUAAAGGUGUGAAGGUUUUGAUUGAGUGGAGCAAGGACAGUUAUCAGUUUGUGAAUGUGACUCACCGUCAACCUAUCGGUAUAUCAGUGGUGUUCAGCAGGACACAUCUGGGGAGUAGGUAGGGCAUACACAUGAACGCAGACCAUGUGAUACUGUGACCACGCUUUCCUACAGUGUUCUCUAGAGGACACCUUAAUUCAUGCUUAUCUGGCUGGGUUCUGUGUUUCUGCCACUAUCUAUGGCCAAUCAAUGUCAAGCAGCCACUACAAACAAAGUCAGGUGACUUAAUGGUACAAAGUUCCUGCUGUGAUUGGCAACAUGUGAUCCUUUUCAACAUACCAUCUUUGUGGCUGUUAGCAUUGCAACUUCGAAGCAGCAGAUUACAGUGCAAUCUUAGCUGAUUAUAGUACGGUGCCAUACAGUUUGUAUGUAUGCACAAGCACAAAGCAACCGACGUUGCCAGUUCACUCUGCCUCGUGGUGCUCACUCAUUGGCUAGUCAACACCCAACUGACAUUGUCAUUGGACUAAGUUGCUGAAUUAUGGAAGGAAGAUUAGUCCUCUCCUGGUACAGAAGGUGUCCAGUAAAUGGUGGGUUGUAUCUGGAAGACUGGUAAAUAUUUCGAGGAAGGUGGAAAGCUACCCCCUAGGCCUGAAUAGCUGUAGCAUAUUGCCAGCUUUGCUAAAGCAGACGAAUGUAGGAUAGGCUCCUCACCUUCAUAGGCAAAAACAGCCUGUGUGCUUGUCGUGUGUGAUAUGUGUUUAUUCAUAUUUUCUAUCUAUCUUGCCUUCAUAGUUCCUUAAGAUACUUUUUAUUCACGGAACAUGCAUUUAAUUCCUUUUUUUGUAUGUCAAGCUUGCAAUUGUACUUCAUUUGUCAAUGAGGUCUACAGGUUUUAUGAGACUGCACCAAAAUUCAUUGAAUCAGCUUCCAGUCGGAAUGAAUUGUGUGCUUUCCUUCUGAGGAUUGGAAUGCUUCGCUUGGCAACCUUCAUACCUUCAAUUUCUUUCAGUUGAGGUGUCUCUCUAUAAUUUAGCGUUUCCAGGAGGCAGGUGCUUAUACUGUGUGGUACCCUUGUUGAUGUGGCUAAAAUGCCAGAGUCGGUGGAACACCAUUUAAAGAGGAAGAAGCUUGACAAAGACCAAACAGCUGUGUGGUAUAUAUAUGGAAAAUCAUGAACAAUGACAUGAGUAAAUAUGCAGGACAAUGCUUUCCUAUGCUUUGUAUUGCCUUUUACACUUUUUCGUCUGCAUAGGGGUGAGUGGAGUGUAGCAUUUUCAAACGAGGUCACCUUCUAUAUGUCUCAUCAGUAGUAGUCAUAGUGGUGACGUGUGCAUCUUGCGGUGGUUAAGAAUCACAUAUGUGGAGCUUUAGGCGAGAACUUCACUCUCCGCCUCUUCUCAUGGAAAAACAUAGCUCAUGUUUUCUUGUUCUGACCCAUGGGCAGCUUUUCUUUAAACCUCAAAUCUCUGUGGCAAAUGGCUAUCAUUACAAAGAUUUUCAAAGCUCCUUUAAGUUAGGCCAUGUCACCUUUUCAAUUUUCACAGCCUCGCAAAACUUGUUUCUUGCAGCUUUGAAUAAUUGGAGGUCAUGCGGAAACAUGGGAGUUCAUUUGUCUAACAAAUGAGUAGUUAUUUUGUCAGGGGGCAGUUUCUCCAUGACAUACACUGUAGAGCUCCACAUUGCAUUGUAAGGAUACCAGUUGGCAUGCCACAUAAAGGAUAAAGUUGCAAGUCAUUUUAUCAUGUACAAUCAUCUUCAGGACACCAUCUUCAGCCAGCUGUAAGAGCUAUCUCAUCAAAAUGCAAACAAGUAGCCGCUCAUUGCUCUAACUAAAGUUGUUAAGAAACUGGAAAUACAUGCAGAGUUUUCAGUUAGCUGCUUGUGAGAAGAAAAUGUGCCAUCACCUGCCUGUUACAUUUUCACAUCCUGUGGCACAAGUGAGUAUUUGCAAAGGUUGCGUGUCAAGCUCAUUCAAGUGUUGCAUUACAGCGCUGUUGUGUUUUGCCCUACAAAGGCGUUGUAUAGAAUCACACCGUGAACUUCAUUGCAACAUACUUUUGUAUUUCCAAACUUAAUUUGAAGCACGGCCCAUUGUCACGCUCUAUCUGUGCAUGUCAUUUGGAAUGCUUUUUCAUGUUAAGCCUGCCAUUGCAUAAUUUCAUUUUCUCAGUUUCUAUUCAACAUAUGCACCUCUCUCUUGCUUUCAAGCAUGUCACUUAUUUUUAUCUCUUCAGCAUUGUCGUGGUUGUACAAGGCGUUCACAUGUCUGGGUGGCACCAAGUCUUUCUGAAAUUGAACACAUUAUGCCACCAUGUGCAAUGCUACUCAGUGAGCAGAGUGGAUCUUCUUGUGAAAGCAGGAAGUGUCGUGCGUGGGUGCGCAGGCGUGUGUGUCUGGUGAUGUUUUUUGAGGGGACUAAAGAUGUCGCACCUUGUUUCGCUGUGAAUAUGUACAUACCUGCCAUGGAAACCUUCGCAACAAUGUGUGCCAGUGGCCUGCUGUAUCUGCGAAGCAAGGAUUGUCGUCAUGUGGCAUCCUUGAUGCUCUUCAUUUGGUGACUGUGCAAGAUGCCAGGAGCAGGAGAGAGCAGCAUCAGCAACACACCGCACAAGUCAACGCGAGUCAUGUCAACAGAAGCUACAGUGUUUGUCCUUGAUAACCACGUAGCACAUGACAACUCCUGCAACACAGCCCAUCACAGGAGAGAGGGACUUCUGGAAGUGACUUUGUGACAAAGUACUCUUGCUGGGGCUCGCAAGAAGAAGCAGCCAGGAUUGGGUGUUUGCCAUAUGUUGACCUCAUUGUUAAUUUUCUGGUGCUGCUACUGCUGCUGUCUCUCUGACAACUGGGACAAGAUCUUGUUAUCUGGUCACAAUGCGAUCCCUUUGUUAACUGCCUGCUCCGUGCCUGUGGAGUGUGUUGCUACCUGUCUCCUCAUUGGCAAGCUGCUGGACCCAAGCAUGCUGCACCUUAUGCCUGUAUGGACUGUGGUGUUGCAGCCAUGCGCUUAGAUUGAUGAGAUAGGAAUGCUUCAUACAUUGAGGACAUCCCUGCCCACGACAUAGACAUCCUCGCCCUAGCCCUCCUACUGUGUUCUUUGUGUCAGCUUUCUCCACAGCUACCAAAUAGGUAGUGUGUUUCAAAGUGUGACUUUGUGUCUGUGGGAAGGACAUGUCGGUGUCUGUCGUAACUUGGGGCUUACUUUCUUUUUGACUGUGAUGAGAAAUUUUUUCUAGUGGCUACAGCAAAAAGAACUGCGUGUGGCAGUGAUGAUACAUAUUCUGUCUGCAUCUUAUAGUUUAUAGUUGAGCAAUCAGUCUAGCAUUUGAAAGCAGGGGACCGCUGGCAGUGUUUGGUUUUGGUCAGGUCGCACCUGUCUUAAAGUGUGCUGGAGUUUCAAUGUCGCACUCUUAUCUUUGUUGCUUAGCACACUUCACGAAACCUGUGCCUUGUUUCCGGUGGCAAACAGGUAUACAAUGCAUCUCAUUAAAUAAGUGGCGUGAAUGCCUUGUGGAGAACCCACAAAGGUGAUGUUGGCAUCUUCCAUACUGCGUUACACACUUUCUCCCAUGAGAAAUGGACACUGACUACGCUGGGCAGUUAAGUUCCUCACAUCCUAGGGCCUUUACUGCCCAUCGGUAUAAAGGCAUAGCUCAUUUUCAUUAAGUGAGGCUAACCAACAAUAGUAUCCCACAUUGAUUCAUAUCAUCAUCAAAAUCCUGUCUUGUAAGCAGCGAUUCACGUGAUUUCCAGUUCUUGGUGCAGGAAUUUGGCUUCUCACCAAUGCCUACGUAUUGGCUAAACAUUGGUGUUGCCACACCAAAGGCCAGUAUUGCUAUGUUGACGCAUACCUACACCUUUGCUCUUGCACUGUUGCCCAGACCAUUCAACCAAUCCCCUGGUCUCUAGGCUAACAGUAAAUCUUGCACAUUAUAAAUGUGACCUGUAUGACAUGUCGGUUGCAUUUCAUCAAGCUGGCCUAGACAAAUGUGUGGUGGCCAGCGCAUUCUCCGGCCACCAGACUUAGGUGGCUGCAUGUUUCGAACAGUGUAACUUCAGCAUUGGUACCAGUCAACCCUGUCAUACCAUGGUAGGAGUUUCACACUUUAUCAAAGUUGUGGGUAAGAGGUCGAAGCAGCAUAGUUGACAUUGGUAGGGUGCUGCUACCAAUAGCUUGAAAAAAGUUCCUUGCCAGACUAACUGUCCCUCCAAUCCGUCCCUUAUUGGCACUUUCUUGUUAAACCCUGGGCAAAGACCUUUCGCUUUCAAGUGACGCCGCACAAAACAGGGUUCUUGUUUGUCCAAGCGACAUAUUUUGUUUUUCUUUAGGGAACUACUUAAAAUUAGGCAUUGUCAAGACUCGCUGGCAUGUGUUGGAGCCUGCUUGUUUAUAUUAUAUUAGAAAGAAAAAAAACUGAUCCAAGCAUGGUACAGCUUUUUGAUCGAUUGAUACGUCUGGCCUUGAGCAUUAAAACAUGUAGGUCAGUUCCGACAUUUUGCAAGUUGUGUUCUUGCAAAGCUUUGUCAAAAAGAAGCACAUUGUCGGCAUGCUCAAAGCUUGGCAUGAUGUGCCCUUGUAGGUGCGGUGUUUGUAGCUUCUUUCAUGUAAGGUAUGAGUGUUGGGUAAAAAAAAAACUGCAAUGUUCCUCUGUAUCUAUAGUUAGCGUAGUGCACUCCUGAUCUUUUUAGUUCCAGAACUUCUGGGUAAUCUGUGCAUUUGCUUUUCCUUUUAUUUUCAGUGUGUUAAUAUGUCACCGCCACUUUUUCACUCAUUUUAUUACAGUUCGUUUCACUUUACUAACUUCAUUUUAAAAAUGUGCAUGCUUUUAAUUCUUGCCACUGAGUUAGUUAAGUCUAAGACUUUCUUCUUCGGUAGUGUGGCUGGCAACCUGCGGUCGAAUGGCCCAGGAGUGCAAACCAGUAUUUUUCUUUUCCAUUUUGGUAGCACCGGAAGAAGCUUUGGUGCUUCCCUGUGGUUGGUCAAGGCUUCCAGUUGCCAUGUGUUCCCACAGACUGGUUAUUUUUUGCACUUGAGACAGCAUGCUGAAUGUGGUGUCAUGUACAAAUUUCACAAACCCUUUUUCCUCUGAAUUAUUUUUUCUGUUUAUUCUGCCACUUGUUGCCACGUAUCAGCACUGUGCAUGAAUCUGAUCACAAUUUUGUUGAGAUUCCCAGUGCUCCUCUACGCAUGCAUGUCUGGCACGGGCUGAAAAAGCUGUAAGGGAACAUCGGCAACAAAGAUUGGCAAAUUAACCAAGAACACGUCAUAGUGUUCAGCUGCUGUCGGAGCUGGAAGCAUUGACCAACACAGGGUCACAAACUACCAUGGAGACAUUGUGCUCCAGGUGUAUACACGAUCGUGUAUCAUGUAUGACCAUGUAUAAAGUAACAUGAUCAUGACAUGAAUGUGUGGCUUUUGUUAAAAGUACACGGGACACUGCCUAAUAACUAGGGCUGCUGUGGAAGACAAGGAAAAUUGCCGUGCUCAUUGUCAAGAUGUUCAGAGCACUAGGGAUACAGUAGAUGCCUAGUACAUGGCCGGGAGUCCAGCAUCAGUCAUGCACAGUCUUACCUGUGUGCUUUUGACAGACAGUUCACAUUUGGGGAAAUUUUAGUCUGUGGUGGCAUGCUGCCUGGGGGACUUUACGGUCUGCCAUCACAUGUAGCCAUAAGGCAGGGGGGGUGUAGUCUAAUGUCCACAUGCCACCGUGAGGACAUUGUAAUCCAGGGUCACAUGCAACUGUAGGGAUGUUUAUGGACUUCGUAUAUGCAGGACCGACAUGAAAGGGAGUGUCUGGUUUGUGUUUCAAGAAUGUCAGAAAUCCUUGUUCUUAUGCUGAAACCUGGAACAUAUCGAACGGAACAUUCUUGAACACAAGAUCUCCUCACAUAGUAUUGGCAGCUGAGGCUUAAACUUAAUUGGGCAGUAGUAGUUGCCUGAAUACCUGUUAAGACAUUUUUUUUAUCUUUUUACCACCCUGUACUCCACGGUGGCAUGUGGCCAUACGGCGCUGUGUUGUGGUGGCACAAGCCGUUUGCCGUCUUGAUGUGAGUGUGGAAAGUGGUGUUUACGUGUUGUGCUGCUGUUGCCGACAGCUUGAUUUGGCACCCAACUGUCUCUAGGCUGAUCAGAGAAAAAAAACAUUAGAACUCUAUUGUGAAAGCAUGGAAUGCAAGCUGAACAAGAGCAAUGUCUUUAAAAGGACCAAACUGGGUUGCUGGAAAAAUUCCUUUUAUUUGCCACACCUUGUUGGACAACGGGCACCAUUUGCCUUGGUUUCAGCGCUGCUGUAAGCCAGGCCAUGCCCCUAUCUCAUUCUGUCAAGUCCUUGUCCUGCGAGGGGUUCAAUAGAAAAAAUUUCAUUGGGCUAACUUCCCGUCUGGUUGGGUCGCAACUCUUUGAGCUUCCGGAUCAACAAGUACAAAUCUUUGAAUUUAUGUGUGUGUGUGUAUCAGUGUGUACGCGUGUAUUUGUGUACGUGUGUGCCUUCGUGAGCCCACUGUUUUGAUGAAAUUACAAAAAAAGGAAUACGUUUUGCAGUCACAUGCAAAAUGUGGUUUAUGAACAAAGUGUACUGGUCAUUCAGCACGUUUUUCUGAACAUGUUUCUUGUGGCUCCAUUUCGUGGUCACCACAUGAAGGUUGGUUGGCAAAGCUGUUCCCAGGAUUGAUUUGUGUUCAGCAUUAGUAAGCUGCAGUUGAGGUGGCAUUUCACAAUGGCAGGCCUUUUCACAGAAGUUAUCAGAUGAAAGAUUUCACGUCAGGUCUGCUUCAAGUGUAUCCCAAGAACUGCAUGCUGGUAAUGCCAGACUCUUUUGCACACUUUACACUUGCUCUAUGUAUGCUUAAGCAACAAAGCUCGACGAACAGUGCAAAAAAAUUUUUUAAAAAAGCAUAUACUUCUGCUUGUUCCAACACUCUUUUGAACUCGUAUGUGCCUGUUUCGGUUUAGCUGGUGAGCGCCCAGUUUUACACCCGUCACAUGAUUAAGAUUAACCUCAGUUACAGCCCACCACCAUUGCAUUCAACUACAAGAAAAGUGUAACAUUAUUCGUAUAUGCAGUCAAGUCAAUUAACUGUGGCAGGCUUUAACUAAAGUUCAGCUUAACCGUGAUUGGCAUGCAACGAGUCAUUGAUUGUACAGGGACAGAGUUUGGCGACGCGACGAUUGCAAAGUAUUGUGAAAUGUCACUCACUUUUGUGCAGUUUACUUGGCUCUCAUCAUUAGCUGCAAAAAAUAUUUUGAAACAACUUUUUUGGAACAGCUUUCAAGCACACCAGAAAAAAAAGAAAAGCAAAAUGUCAAAAAUAUUUUGGUGCAAUUGUGAGCAUUUGGUAGUAGAUUAAAAUGCUUUUUUUUUAACUCAGAAAUAGUCAUUACCAUGACAUUUGCAAUACUUUAUUUGCUAGUGUGUGUGUGUAUGCGUGUGUAUGCAUGUGCAAAUAAGACAGACACAAAUCUUUAAAAAGUUCUAGAAAUUCAUUUUUAUUAUUAUGUUGACAGAUAUAUGUAUUAGUAAUCCUCAAGUUGUGGAUUAUUUUUUAUCGGUCAUAAGUUUAUUUGUGCUGCAGGUGCCAAUUCAGAUUAGAAAUAUUCAAGGAGUGUCUUCUUAUUACCCUGUUCACAAUUUCAGUGAUUUCAUAUGGUUGUUUAUAUUCAUGCUUUUCUGGUGUUUAAAUUUUGUGUUUCUUUUUUACAUUUUUGUAAGUGAUUGAACGAGAAUCUACAUAUUGGCACUGUAAUCUGGGCUGUUGGAAAAACAGUAUUGGAAAGUGAGAAAGUAAAAAUAAGGAUGCUUUAUCCCCUACAGAUUUUAUUGGUGAAAUAAAAAAGAAUAUUGGCAAAGUGUC